AUCUCAUAAGCCCACAUGUUAGCUUGUAUAAAACAUAGUAAUUCUAGAUUAAUUUAAACAUUCUUCAUCUGUCAAGAAAAUGGCCAAGAUUCAAUUAUUUAGUUUAGUAUUUAAUAUUCUCAUCCCAGCAAGCGUUUUGCAAGAUGUCUUUCCAGAAGAAGAAGCUAAAUUUAAUCCACUGGAUCGAUUUAGAUUCGAGAAUGUGGACUUCAGUUUAGCAGAUGCAGUGGAAUCGGAUGUCAUUUUCAAAUACUACAGUGACGCAUAUCAAAUAAAUCCUAGAAUUUUAACGAUAGGGUCGGUUAGUGGACAUAUGGAUAAAGAGGCAAAAACGGUAUAUAUGAUUCAUGGGUGAGUAUGAAGGCGGAAACACACGCCUAGAGGCGUAGGAAGUAAAAAGUAAUGUUUUCAAUUUAAACAAAAAUCAUAAGUUUCUAUUUGUUUGCUCUUCGCUAGGCCUAUGCCGUACUGAUGAUUGCUGAAAAGCAUGAAACAACGUUGUAUAUGGCUGGUUAUGUCCACAGAGACGAAAAACAUAUCAUAUACAACCAUUAUUCUGUCCAUUAAUCUCUUUUAUUUUCUUACGUGAGUUUGUGAGUACAAUCAUUUUGUAGUUUUACCUGUAAAGUUUGAGGGACACUAUGAAAAGUUGAUUCCAUCUUGUAUUGCAGUAUGGUUUUCAACAAUUGGCGAUAUCCCGGCUUAAAUGGUCUGUGGAUUCAGUUUCAGCAACCCAAUUGUACCCAGCAUGGUUAAAAAAUAAUACUCGUAAAGCAUGUUCUCAGCACAUACUGCUCAUAUCCUUUUAAAGCAUAUUCUCUUGAUGAACACUGGGAGAAUAUGCGAAUUAAGAAUACUCGGAACGAACAUGUUCUUAGCAUGUUCACAUAAGGGAUAUCGAUUUACUCACAUUCGGAGAAUAUUCAUUUUUAGGACACGCCAAUAGAAAUUCUUUUUGCCACGUGAUAGUAACAUUCCACCACAUAAUAAAAAGGAAUAUUCCUGGCACGUGUUGACCGCAUUCCAUCAGAAUCCGUGUACCCGAGAGACCAAUGGCAAGCCGACCCGCUUACCGGCUUCCAUUUUGUUUUAUUCCAUGUCUGUAGGUAUGUAACAUAGCGUGCAUCGUGUGUGUCUCAAGUGGUACAUUAUUUAAGAGUGUUUUUGUGGAAAAUGGUCAGCUUCGUGCUAAUUAUUCACGUCAAUUCAUCUGACUAAUGGACAUUAUUGUGUCAAUCAAGUAAGGUGUCUACAAGAUCAUAAUCUCCAAAAAGAUCUCCUAACAAGAAGUUUAGUUUUUAGUGAGAAGAAAUUGGCAUAUGCAGCUGCUCAUGAUGGAGAGAAGCAGAAAAUAUAUGAAUAGAACAAGAAAAGCAAGAAUAGGCGUUUAGAAUACGACAGAAGGAGACCUUGAAUUUACAUGAAUACAUAGAUAUGAUAUACACAUUUUAUUAUAAAUACACACACACACACACACGCGCACACACACAAACAUUAAUCAGUGACUUAACUCAUCUGUACUCAUUUAUAAUGAUAUUCUCUAUCGAGCAAGUAACACCUUUGCAGUGGGUUUUCCAGCUACCUUUUGAAUUUAUAGUUAUACACAAGAUGACACCGAUCCAUGGUUCCGACCAUUGAAAAGAGAGCUUUUCAUACAGAGACAAUUCAACAUAGUCUACAUAAACUGGGUAAAAGCUGGGAAUAAAUCAUAUGACGUGUCCAGUGCUAAUAUCAAUCCGGUAGGAAAGUUUAUUGCAGACUUCAUUGUCGCUUCUGAAGUUCCACCAGGCCUCAUCCAUAUUAUUGGUCACUCUCUGGGAGCACAUUUAGCAGGUUUCGUGGGUAAAUACGUCUUCGCAAUGACUGGUAAAAAAAUCGACAGAAUCAGCGGUCUAGACCCUGCUGGACCCAAGUUUGAUUACCCUGUAGCCCCUUCACAGAACAGACUAUGUGAUACUGACGCUAAAUUUGUGGACAUCAUCCAUACGGACAUGCAGGGCUAUGGGUACACUCCACCUUUGGGGCAUAUUGACUUUUAUCCUAACAAUGGAACGGAUCAACCUGGAUGUCCAAAGCAACAUUUCAAAGUCCGUUGCCAUCACGCUAGAGCGUCCUUCUUAUUUGUCGAGUCCCUUACAAACCGAGUGAAAGCCGUAGAAGCAAAAUAUAUAGAGGGACCCUAUUUCAAAAUUACCAUAAAACGCAAAAAGAAACCAAAAAAGGUUACUUUUGGAUAUUAUGCGAGCAGAAAAGCCAGAGGAGUGUAUUAUCUCAAAACUAAUGGAGCACAACCUUUCUUGACAAAAUGUUGGAAAGAUUUGAUUGAAUGGUGAUAUUCUGUAUUCCGUUAUAUUAAAUUGUACAGUUUUGUGA